AUGGUUUCGUCCAACAAACACUGGCCUAGCAUGUUCAAGAGGCCCAAUUAUGAGAAUUCGCAACAUCGCGUCAACUCCUUUCUCACUGGUGUUCAUAAGGAGGAGAGAACUUCACAACCACCAAGGCCAAGAUGGACUCCAAGACCACAGCAAGUCCAAAUUCUUGAAGAUAUCUUCAACUCAGGGAUGAUGAGUCCUCCAAAGGAAGAAAUCAAGAAAAUUCGUGAACGGUUACUAGAAUAUGGUCCAGUUGGUCAUGUUAAUGUUUUCUACUGGUUUCAAAAUCGCAAAGCAAGGAAACUUAAACAAACAAAACCCAAAAAUAUGAAUCCAAGAAAAAGAAAAUCCAAAAAAACUCAAAAUGCAUCCUCAUCAUCUUCCCCUCAUGCAUCUUCCAAUGAAAUAGUGGUACCUAAUAAUAUUGAAUUACCUACUACUAAUAAUGAGGUGGUUAAUUUGACUAAUGAUUCCCCUAAUGAUACAAUCUUUGGAGACCAAAACCUAGGUAUUGAUGAUUUUGACAUUCCCAUUGAAACUGAUUUUUUACUAUCUACACCCCCUUUGUUCUCUUUCCCUAGUGAGUUCUCUAAUAUGACUCAGCAGUUGCCUCAACAAAAUGUUGAUGUCAACCCUAAUUUGCUUAUUCAUGAGAUCUUCAUGAACUGUGCAAAUGGAAUCCCAAUGAAUGAGCAGUAUGAUCAAGGGAAUAUCCAAGAUCAUGAAGCUGCAAUGAAUAUCAUGCAACAACAAGAAGAAGAUCCACAACUGAUGAGUUUAUGUGUGACUUCAAAUUUACUCAAUGAUGAUGAUAUAGCUCUUCCUCCUCUUCCUCCCAUUAUCAUUGAUGCACCUGUUGUUGAUCCAUUCUCCAUCACUCAAUUUCAAGGUGUGACUUCAAAUUCACUCAAUGAUGAUUCAACUCUUCCUUCCAUUGUCUUUGAUGCACCUGAUAUUGAUCCAUUCUCCCUUACUCAAUUUCAAGAUGUUGGUGAGCCGGAUCAUUUUAUGGCAAAAUGUACUGUGAGUAUUAACAAUUAUAUAAUUGACGUUGAUGUGGGCCCCUUCAACAUCCGUCAAAUUUUUGGAGAUGAAGCUAUUCUUGUUGAUUCCUCCGGCCAGCUUGUUCUCACCGACGAGUGGGGUGUAACUCUUGAGUCACUCCAACAUGGUGGUUCUUAUUUUCUGGUUUGA